GGGACGCUGGCAUCGUGGAGGCAUGGCAGAAGCAGAGUUACAAACCUUUACCUCUAUCAUGGACGCGUUGGUUCGCAUUAGUUCCAACAUGAAGAGCAUGGAACAGGAGCUGCAUUGCCCGGUGUGUGAUGAGAUGGUGAAGCAGCCCAUCCUUCUGCCAUGCCAGCACAGUGUGUGUCUACUAUGUGCGGCAGAGGUGUUGGUACAAAGAGGUUAUCCUCCUCCAGACCUCCCUCCAGAGCCCAAUUCACCUGCCUCCACACCCAACACACGCUCCCCACGACAGGCACGAAGACCCACACCCAGGACCCCUGACCGCCUGGAGCGGGUCCUCAGAACAGUGUGCGGGACAUACCCAGGGCGGAGGCGGAAGGACACGUCCCUUCCCCCCAUGUUGUUUCCAUGUCCUUCCUGCCAGCAGGACAUAGAGCUCGGCGAGAGAGGCCUGACAGACUGCCUUCGCAACCUCACACUUGAGCGGAUUGUGGAGAGGUACAGGCACACAGUGAGUCUGGGCAGCGUAGCCAUCAUGUGCGGUUUCUGUAAGCCUCCUCAGUCUCUGGAGGCCACUAAGGGUUGCGCUGACUGCAAGUCCAACUUCUGCAAUGAGUGUUUUAAGCUCUACCACCCUUGGGGAACCCCCCGAGCUCAGCACGAACACAUUCUACCCACCAACAACUUUAGGCCAAAGGUCCUAACAUGCACAGAGCAUGAGCAGGAGAGAAUGCAGUGGUACUGCCGUAACUGCCAGAGGUUACUGUGCCCACUUUGUAAGCUUCGUCGUGUCCACCAUGGACACAAAGUGUUGCCCAUAGCACAGGCCUACCAGGCCCUUAAGGAAAAGGUGACCAAGGAAGUCAACUUUAUCCUGGCCAACCAGGAGACAAUACAGGGCCAGAUCACUCAACUGGAAGCUGCCAUCAAACAGAUGGAGGCGAACAGCGCAGUGGCUCUGCAUCAGCUGACUCACUGCAUCCGAGAGCUGGGAGCGGCUGUGGCAGAGCGUCAGGGGGCUUUGGCUCUGGCCCUGGAGGGAUCUCGCAACAGGAGGGAGGAUGCUCUGUCUGCCCAGGUCUCAGAGAGGCGGAGCCUGCUGGAGCAUGCGGGCCUGAUGGCCUACACGCAGGAGCUGCUGAAGGAGACCGAUCAACCCUGCUUUGUGCAGGCCGCCAGAAUCACUCACAGCAGGCUGGUGAAGGCGAUAGAAAACCUCCAGUGUUUCACUCUUUCAGCUGAUCCCUCCUUCAGACACUUUCACCUAGAUGCAUCCAAAGAAGUCGAGCUCAUCAGCAGCUUGGGUUUCAUACGUGCCCCACUGGCUCCAGUCAUUGACACUCAAAAGACACUUGCUUAUGACCAGCUGUUUCUAUGCUGGCGCCUCCCUCAGGACUCGGCCCCAGCUUGGCAUUUCUCUGUCGAAUACCAGCGACGAGCAGGGGGUGCUGCAGCCACGUGGGGCGGCACCAGAUCCCCUAAUGCAGCGGUAGCGUGGCUGCGUCUGGAUGAAGUGAGAGGGACCAACGCUGUGGUCGAUCGGCUGCAGAUGGACAGCGUGUAUGUGCUCAGGGUGAGAGGCUGCAAUAAGGCCGGGUUUGGAGAGUACAGUGAAGAAGUUUACCUCCACACUCCACCGGCACCUGUGUUGAGUUUCUCCUUGGACUCACGCUGGGGGUUGCACGCUGACAGGCUGGCACUGGGUAAAGGCCAAACCUACGCCCGCAGCGUGCCAGGUCUCUCCCUCCUGCAGGCUGCCGACCGCACGCUCACAUCGUGCCACUUGACUUCGGACCUGCUGGUGGCUGACGUAGCUGUGACUCAAGGCAAACACUACUGGGCAUGCUCUGUGGAGCCUGGGUCCUAUGUGGUGAAGGUGGGAGUAGGGCAGGAGACUAAGCUACAAGAGUGGUUUCAUCUCCCUCAAGACAUGGCCAGCCCUCGCUGCGACCCAGACAGCGGCCAUGACAGUGGGGCAGAGGACGGCCAGGACGCUCCACCCUUCUGUUUCCUCACAAUGGGCAUGGGCAAGAUCCUUCUUCCUCAAGGACAUGGUCACACUCAGAGCCAGGCGGACAGCCAGAGCCAGGGGGCAAUGCACUCCCACAGUAGCAGCCAUAGCAGCAUGCCUCACCCUCACACUGCUCCUCUGCCACCCCGACUGGGAGUGUGUCUGGACUGUGACAAAGGACGAGUCACCUUCUAUGAUGCCCACUCGUUGCGGAUCCUGUGGGAGGGACACAUAGACUGUUCGGCCCCAGUGUGCCCGGCCUUCUGCUUCAUCGGUGGAGGGGCCCUGCAGCUGCAGGACCUUGUGGCCAAUCGGAGCAUCGAGGAGCCGCCACCUCGGAGGGUAACUAUCCAAACACGUGCGACGAAUCUCAGCAAAUAAGUUGCGGUGUGACAGCAGUUUAUGGGCACAGUUCACUGAGGGAUCAAAGUUUUUCUCAUGUCUGUAAAAGGUGGUUUGACUUCAGUUGAUGAUUAAUUGCCUUGUUCCUGUAAAACUUUGACAUUUGACUGAACUGUCACUGCUGACUAUGGUUCCAUUUUUCUUCUCAGUGUGAUCACAGAGAUCUGAAUAUAAAUAUCCGAUGUUCUUUUGCAUUUGCACUUGGCCUGUAUAUCAAAUCUCUUUUUUCGCUUUUUGUUUUUCCUGCUUUCCUCUGGGUUUUGCAAUGCUCCUAUGGACAUUACGGCUGACGCGAUUUUAGACUAUGCAGAAUUCUGUUCGUGAAACACCUUUAUAACAGGUUUAAAAAAAAAACUGUUUGCAAUGUUAGAAAAAAAUCUGCCCUCCUUUUACACUUGUCUUUAUUUGUCCCAGAACAUGACUGGACAACAAGAGUCGCAUGCAAGUGUAACUAGGAUUCAUAACUUACGUAUAUGCAGGUAAUUGUCACCUUGUAAGAGCACCUCAGAUGUACUGUAUGUCUAAUUUUAUAUCUUCAUUUUUUAUGUAGCCUCAACAGAUGUUAACGACGUGUAUAUAAUUCAGAAUUACAGAAUGUGGAUAUUCUUCAGUUGUUGAAUCAUAAAAGUUCUGCUGGCUCACGUCAGGAUCACAUGUUUCGGUGUAUAAACAGUCCAGGGAGGUAUUUUAUAUAGUCGCUGUUUUGCAUUUCAAAAAAGGCUCGUGUGGCAUUUCGGCUGGGUAAACACACUCACAGUUGCCUCGAUGUUUUCAGAAGAGAUAUCAAAGUAAAAAACGGUCCUGAAGAAUACUGUUCUCAUAAUGCUGUUUGACUUAACGUGAAUACAUUUCAGUGUUUUACAUUUUGACAGACGUUAAAAAAGCCGAUGGCCUACUUGUCCAGUAUUAAACUGUGGUGUUUGAGUAAUUUGCACAUACAUAUUAAUGAUGAGACGUUAAAGGAAGUGGGUGGAUGAAGUAGGCUGAUGAGAAAAGGUCUAUUUUAUGAGCUCUGGUUGACUUUAACGUUGUUUUUCCCACUGCGACUGACAGUAGCUCAUUUACCUAUCAGCUGAUUCAGAGUUAUGCUAGGGGAAUGUAAGAGCCCAGUGAUGUAUCAUGUCAGUGCAAAAGAUUGUCUAUAUUGUAAUAUUUUCAAAUCAACUGGCUCCGACUGUAUUUUGAUAUAUGACGUGAUUUUCUGGUGUGUGAAUGUGUGUGUGAACUCUGGCUGUGACUCUCAUGCUCACUGUGUGUCCCGUCUUGAACGACGUGUUUAGACUCCUCUACUUGUGUUACAGCACAGCACUUGAAUGACUUUAGACUGUAGCAUCCUGGAAAGUCAGAAACUCUUCAUUUAGACUUCGCCUUGGCUGGCAGAAUGUUUCUAUCAUGUCAUGAGAAAAACAAUAAAUGACUGAU